UGUCUAAUCAUAUGCAACUUGUGUAUGUGAGGUGCGUUGAAGCGGAUUUCCCCCUUACUCUGCUUCACGGAGACGUUGUGGUUCUCUGGAACGGCUAUGACGUUGAAAGACUCAGUGACAGGUUUCCUUUCACUUUGCACUAAAUGACCUUUAGAGAAUAAUGAGAGCAUUGUAUGUGAGAAGUUUGAUCAUCUGUUCAUAACAAGAACAAGCUCUGCAGUUAAAUAACAUUUCUGUUUAAAGGCCUACAUCUACGGUGGCCGACAGGUGCAAUAUGCCCAAAACACUUACAUUAGGAGAACCGGGCUUCCGUUUAAAAAACACAAAUGUGCCAAAACACAUCUUUGUGUUCAACAACUUGAAGAAACAUGCGCAGAGUUUACUAAAAGCUCUGCAUACAGUACAGGAAAAGCUGCAAAUGUAAUACAAUAAUAAUAUAUAAUAAUAUAAUUAAAUGAUAUGUUGGAUGUCCUCCCAACAGUUCUAAUUAUUUGCCAUGGAGAAAAUAAUAGUUGUAGCUAAAAUCAAAUAGUUGUGUGCUGCUAUGUCAAUGGGUUAUAUCAUAUAUCAACAUCAUAAUGAGAGACAGGAAUAUUGUAAUAUCACUCUGCAUGCAUCAGAUCCAGAGUGAUUCAGGAUGAAAUCACUGAUGCUUCAGUCUGAACCCACAGUGAGGCAGAGCUGUGAUGAUGUUUACUCUGCCCCACUCUGAGGAACACUGCCACCAUUCAUCCAGUGCCAGCACACUGAGGGGCUGCUGGGAGACUGGACACACACACACACACACACACACACACACACACACACACACACACACACACACACACACACACACACACUAAAUGGCAGUCUUCUUACAGUUUAUUUAUUUAUCAAGCAACCAAACUAAUUGAUUGAUGCACGGCGGUGAGUUUUCUGCACCUUUCCACAGAGUCUGAGUUGCGUUACUGACUGUGUGUGUGAGUCAUGCAGUUUGUAUACAUUAACCCUCCCAUAGACUUGUCACCUUUCAGAGGUGCAUGCUGGGAUAUGCAUCCUGAUCAGGGUUGGGCGGGUUUCUUUAAAGUGUUAUUAUUAAUAUGUAAAAACCUAGUAACCUAAUCUGAGUAUCACAAAAUGCAACCUGAUUACAUGCCGUUACUUUUUCCAUUAAACAAAGAAGAAACAACAAUAAGAACUUUUACUUAAUUAUGUUGGACAGAAGAACAAUUUAACCUUAGCAAAGAAGAAACUAAGAUAUUGAGGAUUAAAAAUGAUCUUAUAUCAAUGGGAAAACCUUAAAUAUUAUUUUUUUUGUUCUAAUGUUGGUCCUUGGGCCACAAUAAUCAAUAGGUGAAAAUCUGAUAAUGUGACCUAGAGAUGUCCCUUUUCUACCAGUGACCCUCAACAGGUAGUGUUAGAGAACACACACACACACACACACACACACACACACACACACACACACACACACACACACACACACACACACACACACAAAGGGGAGUCUGUACCUGGGAGGAUGUGGCGGUAAAGUCGACGAGAGCGAGGUGUUCUGAGAACUACAGGAAGUCUAAAACAAGAGUCUAAAGAGAAACACAUGAUGCCAGAAACUGCAACACAAGAGGGGCAAAACCCUGCUGUAAAACCACUAACACAUUCUUUAAAAUAUCUCAAUUUACACAUGGAAUAAUACUUCAUGACCGAUUCUCAAAAUGAUCAUAACAUCCCACAUUUAAGCACAUACUGUAGUGAUGUUGAAUUUGAAAAUAAAGGAAGUGUCAUGUGAUUUACUUCAAAUAAACAAAGUGGACUAAACUAACCUCUUGUUGCCUUACAGGUCUGGAAACGGAAGAGAAAAGUGCAGCAGUGCCACCUUGUGGACAGAUGUGGUGUUACGUGAAAUUAAAGACAUAUUUUUGAAUUUAUGACAUUGAUGCCAUGUAGAUCAUGAACACAUAGGAUUGAUCUACGAAAGGAAGAGUUGAUCCAAUGUGACUGCUUUUAAGUGGGUGGUCCGUAUACACUUAUCUAAAGAGAUUAUCUUUGUGUGUGUACAAUUAUAUGGUUCUUUUGUGCCGCUAAGUUCCAAAAAUAGCAAAUCUAAAAUUGCUGAUAUUGAAGGAAAUCAAACUAUUAAGGGACUCUCAUAACAUUAAAGUUGACCUUUUAAGUUUUGGCACAAUUCUCAGGGUAAAAGCCAGUAAAAAUCUAACUUGCAUAAGAUACAUAAGGACAAAAAAACGUUUGUACCAAUCAAUGUGUUACCAAUAGUGAAGAAAGGCCUUGAGCAUUAUCAUAUCUGUAUUGCAGGAGACAGAAAUCGAUGCAUAUAUUUAAAAAUACUGCUUAUGUGAGUUUCCAUCUUUUCCUUCCUUCUACUGUAUUAUCUUUAAGGUUGUAACAUUUCUUUAGCAUUAUAAAUUGACUUUAUAGUGAUCAUAAAUGAUAUACCAUACUAGCAUUUCCAUGGAUUUUCCGCAAAAGCAAUGGUUCCUCACUUAAGGAACUUAACUCUUCUUGUUCUUGUUCUUCCUAUUCUUGCAGGUCUUAGUGAGAUGAAGGGAGAUGAAAUGGAGGCAGACAGGAGACAGAUGGGGAGAGGUGCUGUAGCAGACGGUGAGGACAUGAAGACUUGUCCUAAUGUUCAUGAGAAACUUAAGUAAACCAAUUAACACACAGACGGCUGCGAUGUGUUUCCUCGCUCUGCAGCCUCAUCUAUCAAUCCCCGAAAUAUUCCCUGCUGGAAGCUUUCCAAUGAAGCCACUUGGGGAAAGCAGGUCAGUGUGCAGAGCGAGGCCACCGAGGACACACUGCUCUGCUUCAGGCAGGUUGCGAGCUUUCUGUUUUUAUUCUGUGAAUAAGGAGGAAGAAUGGCGGCGAUGUUUCGAUCAUCCUCUCUGGAAAACACUGAAGAAAUGUCUCUGUUGGAACGGGAAAAAGACAAUUACUUUGUCACAGAUGAGGACUGUCGCGGUGAGGAGUUUGAUCAGGAUUCAGUGUGCAGCGAGGAGGGGAGAGGGGGCCGGAGCAUCCGCAGGUCUCUGUUUGUGGAGAUCUACGGUUUGCAAAGGGAGCCGCACAUCUACUUCUCAAACCAGGAGUACUACAAGAGGCUGGAGGAGCUGAAGAGCGCACACCUGAAGAACAUGGCCGAGCUGGAGAGGAUGUACAUCGGCCAGCAUAGGGAGAGUCCUGCAGAGGAGGGAGAGGAUGGAGGAAGAACCAACAGAGAGGACAUGCUGUCUAUCAGCAGUGGCCCUAUCAGGAAACUCCAGAGGAUCAAUUCCCAGGAGGAGCUGGACUUCCACGACUCAUCGAGCGGUUCGGACCAAUCAGAGCUUUACGGAGCGAGCAGCACGGGGGAUCUGGAGCUGCAAAACCCCAGAUCAGCUGGCCAGGACCGAACCUUUGAGAGAGACUUCCUACUGAGCCCAGAAGAAAUGACGACCCAGAAGCAGUUUCGGUUUAAGCCCAAGGCCUCCUGUCUGAAACCAAAGGGGAGAAUUUCACGUCCAACUGGGGUCAGGGUCAGGUCCAACUUCAACGUCACCGUGCCCAAACCCUUCGAGAUGAUGCUGAGAGAGGAGGAGAGGAAGAGGCACAAGGUGCGCACUCGCUCGGAGAUCCAGCUGGAGAACACUUUGCUGAAACGGGAGCUUGAGGAGCUCCAAGAGUGCCAGAAAAAGUUCAGGGCGUCACCAGCACCGGCGCACAUCCAUCAGCCGCUCUACGAAGUGAUCAGCCGUCGUCCCAGCCAGCGAUCCACCCGCAGCAAAGGAAGCAGAAAGAACACGAACAGAAACCAGAGCAUUGCCGAUGCUUCUCCACAGCCUUUCCAUUUCCUGGAGAGGGAGAGGACGAAGAGGGAGGCGAAGAUUGUUGCAGAGCUGGGGAACCUGGGGCUGAAAGAGGAACGACAGGCCUUUAAGGCGAGACCCAUGCCCAGCUCGGUGUAUGGAAGCAAACACAAGGCGAACAUCAAGACCACAAGCCACCAGUUUACAGACAUCUGCACACAUCUGCACACGGAGGGUCAAAGGGACCCAAACUCUGAAGCCUCUCCUGACUCCUGUAAGCCUCAGACAUGGCCGUCCUCAAAGCCAGUGAAGAAGCAGAUAGAGGUUUCCAUUGAGAUGGUGAAAGGAGAGGGAGUGGUGUCAGAUUGACUCGCUUAAAGCCAAAAACAUGUAGUGACCUCUGCAGCCAGGGACGGCUGAGCGCGUUAGGACGGACUGUAUCACUAUCAUAGACUGUGUUCAUAAAUAUAAGACAUAAUGGGGGGGCUGAUUAUAGGUUAUUAUUUAUUUUGCAUGUUGUAGCUGACAAAGUGGAAUGACACAUUGCACUGUUUCCCUAAAGAUGGGAUCAAUUAUUACUGUCAUCUUCUUCUUCUGUAAAAUGUGUCAAUGUAAAAAUCUGUCAUUAAAAUGAUGUACACUUUCCCCUUGAUAAAA